AAGCCUAUCCGCCAAGCAGUCGGCACUGAGGCACGGUGUGUGUUGCACGGCUGACCUCGCACUGAAUGGACUACAUUUUUUCCCAGCCACGUAAGUACACAACACCGCCGGAGAGGAUGUCUUGCUGAUUCAAGGGAAAGGCCUGGGAAAGUCGGCCAUCCCUUAAUUCCAGCAGUUGAAACAGUCGACGACAGUUCUUUAGGAUUGAAAACGCAUUAGUUGCAAAGGACAUCCACUUCCGAAAACAACAAAGGGAUCCGAAUUCUGGAUAGUUUUAUCUCCAUGUUUUGAUCGAUGGUAAUCCCCGAAGCUCGAUGCAUGGACAUGAUUUUUGGAACGAACAAGGCCCGUAUGACACUGACCUGGUAGCUGUAAUGCAAUAGCAUUGCUUUUGCUAUCAAGAAUUCAUGUUGAUUUAAAAAUACUGUAGCUUGCAACCUCGGUGCGAUUCAAAGCGGUUACUUUGGAUCGUCUAAGUUUAAGCUAUUAGACAAAUACAUUGUUUCUAUUUUCCGAAACGUGUCAAUUUAAUGAAUCUGCAAGGUUAGCUGGCUUUAUCUAGCAGUCAAUCGUCAUUACAAAGCUGACAUUCGAUGGGAUUUGAGUGUUUCCUUUGUAACAAAUCGGCAUAGCUCUCUUGCACUCUGGAAAAGCGUUUAUGCUCAAAUUCGGCACAGUUUCUUCUGCAUAGUGCUGCCGUGCGUCACGGUGCAGUGAACAAUGCUUUUGUUUUAGUCAUACAGCAGGGUAGAUGAAGGACAUAAAUUGCCAACAUUGUCUUAUAAUUGCCUCUGUCUUUGCAUGUAGCCUAUAGCAUAUGAGCCCUCCAGCAGUACCUUCAGAUAUAGCUAGCCUGGGCCUUAUUACCGUGUAAUAGGUGUACUUUCAAUAUAGCACAAAUUAUAAUAUAGCUUUAUAUUUCUAAACUGCAUCUACAAAGUAUAGGACUAUUAAAAACAUUAUAUCAGUCCAAGUUUACAACCCAAAGAAGUGCUGCUACACCUCCCUGCCGUCGAAGUGAAGAAGACCCGGAUAGUUUGGAAGUAUUUCAGGAAAUCCUGAUGAACAUACAGAGAUCAAAUCCCAUCAACAUCUCGCGGUAUGGGAGAUCACGACACAAAGCGACCGAAUUUGAGGAGUUAACUUGCCUGAGGACUACAGAAUCCAUCCAGAGUUUCAGCCCUAACCUAGGAUCCCCUAGCCCCCCUGAAACACCAGAUUCCUCCCACUGUAUAUCCUGCAUCGGGAACUACCUGCUCCUUGAGCCUUUGGAAGGGGACCACGUUUUCAGGGCCGCCCACCUGCACACAGGGGAAGAGCUCGUAUGUAAGGAGUUUGACAUCGGCCGGUACCAGGAGGCCCUGGCGGCCUAUUUCGCUCUUGGCAGACAUGACCACAUCAAUCAGGUGGUGGAGAUACUGCUGGGAGAGCAGAGGGCCUACGUCUUCUUCGAGAGGAGCCACGGGGACAUGCACUCCUUCGUGCGCACCUGCAAGAAGCUGCGCGAGGAUGAGGCCGCCCGGCUCUUCCGGCAGAUAGCCUCGGCAGUGGCACACUGCCACGACAAUGGCGUGGUCCUCCGGGACCUCAAGCUUAGGAAGUUUGUCUUCAGGAAUGAGGACAGGAGCCUUGUGAAGCUCGAGAGCCUUGAAGAUACCUACAUCCUGGACGGCCUAGACGACUCCCUGUCAGACAAACAUGGAUGCCCCGCCUACGUCAGCCCCGAGAUACUCAACGCCAGCGGCAGCUACUCAGGCAAGGCGGCCGACGUGUGGUCCCUGGGGGUCAUGCUGUACACCAUCCUGGUGGGCCGCUACCCGUUCCACGACGUAGAACCUGGCUCCCUGUUCAGUAAGAUUCGCCGGGGACACUUCAGCAUCCCGGAGACCCUGACACCCAAGGCCAAGUGUUUGAUCCGGAGCAUCCUUCGUCGGGAGCCCGCAGAGCGCCUCACGUCCCGGGAGAUCCUGGAUCACCCCUGGUUUUCCUCCGGGGCAGCAGGUGGCGCUGUGGUCCAGGGGAGGGCAGAGCGGGAGCUGGAGCAGACUGUGCCUGAGGUGAACAUGGAGGAGGAGCUGGAUCAGUUCUUCAGCUGAGCUGACAGGAAACAGGAAGCACAAAGGGAGGACUACACCAUAACGCGGGGAAAACCAACCGCGAUGCGCUCGCUAUGAGCCUAACGGUAGAUUAGUUGUUUAGCAGGUGAAACAUUGUCACUCACAGAAAAAGGUGUUUCCAUCUUUAUUUCUUUCCAUUCCAUGGAAAAUAGACCUAGUGGUGGAGCCAGGUGGCAAAUGGCGUAGAAACAUCACCGAGGCGGCGAUUCUGCUAAGAGGAGUUUUCGCCACUUGACAUACGAUUCGCAAACGAUGUAGCAAAACGUUCCGUUUUUUUCUCUUGUUGUUGGUGCUUUUAAAAGUAGAGACAGACAUUUACCACGUUGUUACGCUACGGAAAGCACUAAGGGACACGAGACCUCAGCCAAGGAGAACAAGACACAUGUCAAACUGCGACAACACUCCUCUAUCGUUUUUCACACGACCAGGUAUAAUUUGCCCCUAACCGCCGUGCUAUGAUCAGAUUAACCAACCCUCAAUCCUAGACUGAACUGUUUGGAGGAUAACAACAUCUGAUGCUAGACCAGUGAUUGGGGACAACUUCUGCCUACUCUGUUCUAACAAUCAUCAGGACAGUUGACCUCAUAUUUGUUUUGUCACUUAGUGUUUUGUUUUGUCACCUGUCUCACAUUUCCCCACAUGACCUUUGACCCUAGGUUAUAAAGCUCUUUCACUGACAUAGAAGACAGAUUCUCACUAAGUUAUUGUAUGUACCCAUCGUCAGAAUUUUGUGUGCUUUAUCUUUUUCUAUGUAGCCUUAUUCCUCCCCCCUCACCAUUGUGUAUGUUUCUUGAAAAACCCAAUGUUCCACCACCACUUAUUUAUCAUUUAGUAAUAAGGCUGUGUUUUAAGUCUGACAUCACCUUGUUGUAUUAAGCUAUUACAUUAAAUUGUUACUGCUGCUUUGAUAUCUUCUCCUAACCUUAAUUUGUAAUCUUGCUUUCUCACUCUCGUUAAGCCCCCACCAGUGGCAUGAUGCACUUGAUUAGUUUAGGUUAGGUGAAAGAUCAAUUUCACCUCUCUAGACUCGCUUUCUCUAUUUAAGUUUAGCUUUUCAUUUGGAGGAACGGAAAACUUUACAUUUUAUUUAAAUUGUAACAACUAUAUAAAUAUAUAUAUAUUUAAAAAAAAAAAAACAUUGCAGGGUUUUUCUUUUCUUUUUCAGAGAUUCCUUCAUGUAUAUUGUAGGCAAUAUUUUGGACACAGGACAGGUAUGACGGGAAAAAGAAAGGCUGUCCGAAGACGAUAACAUUUUUGUGCCAGUAUUUCUGUGCCCCCACCACCAUGCGGACAUUAGUCACCCUUAAUAUCUUUUGAACUUGACACCAGUAAUUAAACAAUACUAUUACAGUAACAUGGUUAGCAGUAACCCAUGUUGAUUUUCUACUGCCUGCGUAGGUCCUGUGAAACAAGCCUGUUCUGAAUAGGUUAACAGUGGUUCUGUCGUAUCUCAAUGUUACUUGAAUUUGUGUUUUUCUUAACUAGUCCUAGGCAUGUGCCCUAUGAAUGCUAUCGCCUGCCUAGCAGGGUGAAACAAAACAAGUUUGUUUUAUAAUAAAAGUAAAAACACAAGUGAACAUUUUCUCAAAAAUUUGCUAUUUUAAGUUGCUUUUAAAACUGACUAUUGCUUUCAUUUAGUUUUGUAGAAUGAGCUGCCCAUUUUUUUUUUGCGUUGGUGCUGAUUUGGUGCUAAUGUAAGGAGUCCUUAUGUUUUGUUUUGGAGGGGAGUGGUGCAUGGUGGGAAUUCUGCCUCGGAUGUUCUGAUUGUAAAAUGUAACAGAUUUUGGUGUUGUCCAAAUUUAUUCAGUAAAUAAAUUGUGAACUGCA